AUGAGGACAAAGCAAAUUUUUUUUUGGUGUGCAUGGGUUUUUCUUUGGGGGUCUUGUGUGGCCAGAUUUGUGGUGGAAAAGAACAAUUUGAAAAUCACUUCUCCGAAAUCAUUGAGAGGUAUAUAUGAAUGUGCAAUUGGAAAUUUUGGGGUUCCCAAGUAUGGAGGAACCAUGAUUGGCUCUGUGUUGUACCCCAAGUCCAAUCGGAAUGGAUGUAAAAGCUUUGAUUCCUCGUUGGGUUCCAAGCCAGGAACAUUCCCUACCUUUGUUCUAAUUGAUCGGGGAGAUUGCUUCUUCACUUUAAAGGCGUGGAAUGCACAAAAAGGUGGAGCAGCAGCUAUUCUUGUUGCAGAUGAUAGGGUAGAACCAUUGAUCACCAUGGAUACUCCUGAAGAAGGGAAUGGUGCAAAUAAUGAUGAUUACAUCGAGAAGAUCAGCAUUCCUUCUGCCCUUAUCAGCAAAUCACUAGGGGAUAACAUCAAGAGGGCUCUCUCUGAUGGGGCCAUGGUUAACGUAAAUCUUGAUUGGAGAGAGGCUCUUCCACACCCUGAUGAGAGAGUUGAGUAUGAGUUUUGGACAAGUAGCAAUGAUGAGUGUGGACCAAAGUGUGAAAGUGAAAUUAAUUUUGUCCAGAGUUUCAAAGGGUCAGCUCAAUUACUUGAGCAGAAAGGGUUUGCAAAGUUCACCCCUCACUAUAUAACUUGGUAUUGUCCAGAAGCAUUUAUAUUAAGCCAACAGUGCAAGUCCCAGUGCAUAAAUAAUGGGAGAUACUGUGCUCCAGAUCCUGAGCUAGAUUUCAGCAGAGGGUACAAUGGUAGAGAUGUUGUUAUCCAAAAUUUACGUCAAGCAUGCUUCUUUAAAGUGGCAAAUGAAAGUGGAAAACCUUGGCAAUGGUGGGACUAUGUCACUGACUUUUCGAUCCGCUGUCCAAUGAGAGAGAAUAAGUACACUGAAGAAUGCUCAGAUCAAGUUAUUAAAUCUCUUGGUGCUGAUUUGAAAAAAGUUAAAGACUGUGUUGGAGAUCCUACGGCAAAUGUCGACAACCCUGUUCUUAAUGCUGAGCAGGAUGCACAGAUUGGCAACGGCGAUCGUGGUGAUGUUACUAUACUACCUACUCUUAUUAUAAACAACAGACAAUACAGAGGUAAGCUGUCAAGAGCAGCAGUACUCAAGGCAAUCUGUUCAGGUUUCCAAGAGACCACUGAGCCAUCAAUUUGUUUAGCCCCAGACAUGGAAACAAAUGAGUGUUUGCAAAACAAUGGUGGUUGUUGGCAGGACAAAGCUGCUAACAUUACUGCAUGCAGGGACACUUUCAGAGGAAGAGUAUGUGAAUGCCCUACUGUACAAAAUGUACCAUUUAUUGGUGAUGGAUAUACUCAUUGUGAAGCUACAGGCUCCUUGAGGUGUGCAAUCAACAAUGGAGGUUGUUGGAAGGAAACCCAAGGUAGCAGGUCUUUCUCUGCUUGUAUUGAUGACCACACCAAAGGUUGCAAGUGUCCACCUGGAUUCAGGGGUGAUGGAUUCCACUCCUGUAAAGAUGUGGAUGAGUGCAAAGAAAAAACGGCUUGCCAGUGCCCAGAGUGCCAAUGCAAAAAUACCUGGGGAAGUUAUGAAUGCACAUGCAAUGAUGGUUUGUUCUACACGCGAGAAAAUGACAUGUGUAUUGGUAAAUAUGCUGCGACAGCGUCUGGUGGGGGUAUUGUUUGGUUGGUUAUUCUGAUCUUGGCUAUUGCUGGUGCUGGGGGAUAUGCAUUUUACAAGUACAGAAUCCGGAAAUAUAUGGACUCCGAGAUAAGGGCAAUUAUGGCCCAAUACAUGCCCUUGGAUAAUCAACCGGAGGUUUCUAGUCAAGCUCAUGAAGAUGUCUAGAAGAUCUGGGAAUGCCAAUUCUAUGAAAAGAUGAAUUUGAUAUAUGGGACAUCCUCUACAGUUUAGUUAUUGACACGGAGACAAGCUGUUUAACCCGAGGCUUCUAGCAUCAGGCUUAGUUAGUGUCAUCCUUACCCCUCAAGUCUUUUUCUUUCCAUUUCUUUUCCUUAUUUUGUUAUCUUUUUCUUCCCUCAAAGUGGAUGGCUUGUUUUUCUUAGGAAGUAUCAACAUAGAGUGGAAGUCGUGUUCUUUUACUAAUUUAGGCCACUUGAAGUUGGCACCACAUUUCUAUUCAAUUGGGGACGUUAGAUAUGGCAUAUGGAAGAGACAUAUUUUUGUAGAAACUAUAAACUUUGCAAGCUUUUAGUAUUAUUUUUAUACCAGUUUGUAA